GUUAAAAUUGCCAUUCUUACGAGUGUGGCAUCACAUCGCCGUUCCAAUUGACCAGUCGCCUGCCUCCGCCCCCUUCGCGAAGUUUCCCCGCUCCACAAUUCCGCCAUGGCCGGCGGCGGCAUCUUCAGCAGGGCGCUGAGCUACGUCGUCAACGAGUUCCUCGUGGAGGGCCUCGCAAACAACCGUGCCUUCCAGAGGUUUGCUGUGAGGACCAACAAGACUUUGGAGAAUCUCUCAACCAAAGCUAAACAAGUGAGGGAGGAGGUGUCGGAGCAAUUUAAGGAUGCUCGCGGACCCGAUGAUCGCUUCAAGCAGUGAUACCUGCUAUCAGCGCUCCUGGUUGUCUGUUCUUGUUCUGGUUUUGGAUGCCAUCCGCAAGCGUCCAUUGUAUAAAAUCCGGAUCUAAAUUAUCUUAUUUUCUAUUUAGAAAUUGAGAACUAGACGCAGAGCACUGUUAGAUUUCUGUAGCCUGCCCAACGGAACUAAUUCUAGAGGAGAGACUCUCCUUGGCUGGGCCUUGGUUUUACAAAUUUCUAUGAUGCUUAAUGUUGUUUUAUGAGUAAUGCCAUGUACCAUUCGCAGUC